AUGCAGUCAUGGCCGAUACUCGUUACUAUCCACAACCUGGUGAAUGUGCCGCUGUCCGCUUGUGAGAACGGCCCGCGGUCGUUCGUUGUGGAGGCGCACCUGGCGCUUCGCGUGUCUGCCUACUCUGCACCAGUGGCCACGGCGGCGUUCACCACGGACGAUGUGGUGUCCACCACUCCCAACCUAUUUGAGGUGCGCUUGGACGAUGUCGCUCGGCGCAUGGACGGCGGGGAUGGGGGCGGGCCAAAGGUGUGGCGGUGUGCGACUCCGGAGAUCGAGGUGGUGGUGAUGGUGCGGGAAGUCACACACAGGAUCAGAAGGUCCUCCUCUCCUUAUCGUACAGAUCGUCGCGCAGACGGUGAUCUCGAUGGUACGCGCGUUGUGGGCACCUCAGCUCCACUGCCACUCAACGCGAAGGACAUCGUGGAGGCGCACAAGCUCACCACACGGAUCGUGGGGACUGAAAUGGGUCAAGUGGGGCUUUCUUUUACCGUAGACCCAGGUGACAAGGCGGGGUACCGCCAACGCCUGGAGAAUUUCUUGCGCACGUACAACCCGCAAGGACUGCGGCUUGUGCCCAGCGUGGUUGAGGUCGUCUCGGAACUCGACACAUUCACAAAGCUGUAUCGCCGCUACUCGAUUCAAAACUACGAGGAGCGACUGGCAAGCUUCUUUGAUGUAUACGGCCCGCAGUACAAGAGCGAAAUCCCGUCGCUGCUGCGGCAAUGGGAGGGCCGAGAGGAAGAGCUGAUGCGCAACUUGGUGCUCGACAAUGGCCCAGAGGUGACCACGAUCGAUCAACACCAACGGCUGACCGCGUACAUGGCUGCCUAUCAGCUUGACCAAAAUUCCACUAGCGUACAAGAGAUACUCACCGCGCACGCGAGCGAUGAGAAGACUAGCACACCUGCGGGUCUAUUUUAUGCCCUCGUGGGACGCUACGGCCCGGAGCCGGACCCGCGCACAUAUCUGUUCCCUACGCCUCGGUACACCCCUGCACCACCAUCACCCCCGCAGACUAGGAGAAUCCCAAUGGAGGACGGCGGAGACGGUCAUUCCCACUCUUCUUUGCAUCACGGCUCCUCGUCGCUCGUGAGAGGUAGCGCAGAUGCGAGUGCUGCUGCUUCUGCUGCUUUACAGCGCUGUCCGCCGACACCUGCCGCGAAGCACCUGUACGUCUCUGUACCUAUGUCACCCACGCCGAUUCCAGUUCGGGAGGCACCGCUGGAGACAGCGCGCUCGCUUGACCGGUCGCCCAGCUUUGCGGUUGAGGUUGAUGAUGCUCCAUGUGGUGGUGGGCACAAGGCCACUGUGACUGGUAGCCAUCAUGAAGCGAAGCCCAUCAUCACGCCAAAGGACCAGGUGAUGGUGUUGGGCGCGACCACCGGUGCGAGCCGACGAGACGUUGCCGAGUUGCGGGACUCUUCUCUGUGGCGCAAGAUGUGUCAGAUGAUGCAGACCCGGCAAGAGCACUUCAAGCCAUGGCGGGAGCACCUUCUUUUUUUCUUAGACCGAGACGAGUUUGCAGCGGCGGUGCGUGCCCUGCAUGUGUUCAGUGAGGCACCCGACGGAGGAGAGGUUCAGGUGCUCGUAGAGGAGUGGUCGCGCCGUGUGGAUCAUGCCUUUCGCACCGAGGCACUCACUUCAAGCGAUGCGUACUAUGAGGCGGUUGUACAGGAGGCAGUACGGCUGACCGGACUCCAGUCUCUGCAUCUGCAGGUGAUGAGUGUUAGCUCUCUCUUUCACAAGGAGCAGUACGCAGGGUUCGCGGCGUACGUGGAGGGGCAGGCGAAACGGACCAAGACGGAGCGUCUGGUACUGGUUGGAGACUCGAAAAGUCUCAUGGAUGUCGCACGUUUUGGCCUUCACCCUGCGGCGGACCCCAGGGGCCUGUACAGGGAUGCGCUUGCCUCUUCGGCCACGGCCCACGACACAAGUACGGCAAAAGGCGACGGCCCGUUUAUCUUCUUACGCGAGCCCUUCCGGCACUGCACGGAAAAGCACUCCUGUUCCCUUCUCGUCUGUGAUGUCGCGGUGGGCGAGAUGUAUUCGUGCCCCACCGCUGUGCAUGCACCGCGGAAGUUAACCGCCGACUUCCUCGCCAAGUACGACAGCUGCGCCUACGUCGACGAAGCCAACGGACCAGUGAUCGCUGUCUACUCUCGCCAGCAGAUUUUACCGCGACUUUUUCUGCAGUGCGUUGUCGACCCGCAGCUGCAGCCCUGCCCCGCGCACCCUGGUAGGCCGGUUGAGUAUUACGUGAUGGAAAGCCACGCCUUCGCGUGCAACCGCUGUGUUGUGAUGGGAGCCUACAAGGGCAAGGAGGUGACGCCGAUCGAGGAGGCCGCGGUGAUGGCGCGGGCAGGUCUGGCAGAGGUCGAGCGGACGGUCAAGGCGCUCAAAGAGAGCAUGCUCGCCUACGCCAACCAGCUUCAAAACGAAGAGAGCAGCAUGCCCACCGCUCCUCGCCGUGUAGAGGCGGAGCGCGAAAUCAACCGACUGCAGAAGGAGACGGAGGAGCACGUUCGCAGGAUUCGCAGACGGUUGCAGCUGGAGGAGGAGGCGCAGCUCUCCCGCAUCAAUGCUGAGCGCACCGAGGUGCAGGCAACUCUGGAGGCUGUGGAGAGGCUUGAUGGGAGACUGUCAUCUGGUAUGCAGCAACGUGCACCAGUUGCGGUUGUGAAUACGCUGCAGCACAUCCAGCAGGAGAGACAGGUAGAGCAGCUCAUGGCAAGGGCGCAUGACAGGGUGCCAUUGGCUCCACUGGAGCUUGUUCUGCCCUUGGAUGGGCCUCCGGCGACAGUGCCGCCUUGCUUUUCUUCCAGCUCCAAAGUGCAUUCAAAAGGCUCUCGGGUGGUGAUGGGCUUGAACGAGAGUUGCUUGCCUGAGGCCUCGGCUGAUGACCGGCGUGAAUUUCACACGUCAAGAGCUGCAGUGUCACACGCGCCGCGUACGCCACCUACGUCCCAUACAACACACGCAUCACUGUCGCCAAGCAGCUUGUACGCCCAGUAUCUCGCGGUUGCUGGCUCAGAUAGAAAAAGGCCUGCCGAGGAUUCUGCAAGAGGAUCGUUUCGCAUUGACCAACCAACUCUGGAUCACAGCACGGCGGUUUUGGCCAGUCGCUCUUGUCCCGUCUCCGUUACCGCGAACGAGGACAACGACGGUGGGGGAGGGAUGGGCUACCUCUCUGCGAAGGAGGCGCUCACGCACGGAUGGGCGCUACUAAGACGUGGGGAUGUUGCCGCAGCGCAUCGCGCGUGGGCGGCGGUGUGCCGCGCUCACGGCACCAACGACGUGAUGGGCACUAAGGCUCACGCGUACAUUGCCGAGGCGAUCGAGAAGGACUACGCGGCAGCCGCGCAGUGGUAUGCCCGGUCAUUGCAGCUAGAUCCGCAAGACCGCAUGACCGCGUACAACUACGCUGUGCUUCUGGAGGCGCUGCUCGACAAGCCGCAGGAGGCACUGCGACUGUACAACCGUGCCGCUGCACUCGGCGACGCAGCGGCAAGUGCCCGGGCCCGGGAGUUGCGUUCUAAGCUUGCCGCUUCUUGUCCGUGGUCGCAUCAGACGACGUUCGGAUCACCCAGUACGCUCGGCGGCGGCGAGAGGGGAUCGCGGCGGUGA